AUGAACAGAACACAUAUCAAGCACAACAGUGAAAGAUAUGGCCUUCACGAUCGAUGGAAACAGCAUCGAGUCGAAGGGUGGAUCAAGCAAAUUCGGAGCCAACAUCAAUUUGAUCCAAUAGGAAUUAAGAAAGUCGAAUGUCGUCGCACGUCAUGUUCUGGUAAUAUCGAAACUAAUGAAGUGAAUAAUCAGGUAUAAAGUAGCCUAUCUUAUAUUUUUUAAAUACACAUUUCAUACAUGUUCAUUUAGACCCUGAUCGAAUUCAACUCAACAUGCUUCUUUAUUUCGUAGUUAUCUCAUUGCAAUCGUCGAUCGAUAAAAAAUGGUUUUUCAUUCUGCUGCCUUUUAUAUCACAGAAAGAAAUAAAACUCGAAAUAGAAUCUGUUCAAAUUCCAAAACUUUAUCGUCACUCUUCACUUGUUACUGAUAUGAAAAGUUUAAAAUUCAAAUCAUUGUCAAUGAACUUUAUGAAACCAAUCUGCUUUCAUACAUAAAAAUGUCGUUCUUACGUUCAAAGAGCAUAUACAAUAGGAAACAUCAAUCUCUAAGAAUUUUUGUUUUCGUAAAUCAACGAGCCUAUAGAGUAAAACCGUGUAUAGUCUAGUCAACAGCGAAAAUUCAGUAAGAUAGGUGAUUCGAGAUGCAUAAACACUGACUAUUAGAUC